ACGGACGCGUACUACCGGUCCAGUCAAGCGCGACAACUUGUCCCGAGCGGACGUGCGAAAUAUUCUAAUAGUGACAACAUUUACCGGUUCUAUUAAAUAGUUUUAACUAUUGAGUACUGAGUGACGUAAUUAUAGCCUUCGUUCUAUUUUCGAAGCUUUUCGUUGUAUACUUAUUUACAAGAUGAAAACGUACACAAUAAUUUUCGGAGUUCUCAUGUGCUUAGCGGCAAGUAACGCUAGGAACCUCGAACGUCGUGACAUUGCCAGCGAUGUCGAAGAUCAUGUAAACACUGUAAGAAGAGCGAGAGAACACGCCCCAAGUCAAAGACAUAAGAGACGAAGCUGGCAGACCAACUACGGAUACGAUUAUCCUCAACCACCAAUGCCGUUUUAUCAAGACAGAAGAGACUAUGAACAGCAGAGCCACCAAGAUAUUAUUCCUCAAAUUUGGAGGUUACUAGACGAGAUAUCAUCUUUUGUACGACGACCCCCUAUUUCUUCGCCACCUCAACCUGUCUACAUUCCUUAUGCUGUACCUUAUCCUGUUGCGCAAGCUUGUAAUUGCGAUACCCAGACAGGGCCCAGGGAUGACAAGAACAUCACCUUUAACACAAGAAUUAAGGAUAUGGAACCUGAGCAGAAUUGGGGACUUGUGGAUUCCAAUGAGGGUAUUAUUGACGAUGACGAAGGGGAUGGAUCUAGGCCAAUUUCUUUCGCUCCUGUGAUGCCGAAGCGUCCUUCAAAGAGGCCUGCGGUUCAAGUUGAGCAUGGAAGCAUACAAUCUGGGAUUGCAGCAGGAUCAGCAGCGCCUACAACACAAUCCCCUAACUCCGGCCAAGGUCGAGCUCCUAGUAUGUGCGACAUCUUCUCUCUAUCCUGCUGCAGCGGUACUCCACAACAGCAAAGACAAUGUUUUACAAAUGUCGGUUGCGCCAUGUCCUACAAUAACGGAAAGGCGUGCGAACACGACAGAGUCUUAGCCAUUCUCAACGCUUACAGCCAAGCAUAUUCGCCCGUCAAUUGAUGCAGUAAGAUCUGUUAUAUUAUUAUCAGUAUUCUCUUAAUUCACCUAUGAUUGUAAGUACAAUGGAACGUUAUAAGGCAAAGCAUUUUGUAUUGCGAAUUGUGUUUUUUAAUUGUAACCAAUUUUUUAUUGGACCUCUGCUAGAUGAAUGAAUUAAGUUUGUAAUUGUGAGUUCGAAGUUCUAAAAUUAUCUUAAAAGAAGUAUCAUUUCCAUAAAACCCU